UGACAAGACAUUAUCCGUUUACGAUUUUAUUUUAGGUAAUAUUUCAAAAAAUCUAUUACCAUAUUUAUAUGUAUAUAAACCUUCACGAACCCUUCCACUUUGUUUUCAAUCCAACCGAGAUUACUCAUAAUGGAUUACAAUUAUACACGUAGGAUCCACGGCAUCGAUUAGGAUAAGACUUGUAGUACCCUUCACAAAUCCAGAAAAUUGGUGAAAUCAAAACCACCGUUCAACCCUGCCUAGCCUAAAGAUUGCUACUUUUUGUUUUGUUCUUGUAAGAUUGUUUUCGAAGCUGGAAGAAAGCAUAAGAUUUGGUGUUCUUCCAUUCUCUGCUCACGUUUUCAAGGAGACAUCCAACCACCCCAUUUGAGAUACUGUAAUGGCAGAAGGUUUAGAAUCAACGGGAGUUGUAUCAGUGAGGGGUAGAUCGUGGAAAGCUCAUAUGGGCAUGACACUGUCGCAGGCAUUCUAUGGUGGCUACCAUGUAAUCACAAAAGUGGCCCUUAAUGUUGGGGUCAACCAACUAGUUUUCUGCUUCUACAGGGAUCUCCUUGCCUUCACUAUUCUUGCUCCUCUCGCUUUUUUUCUUGAAAGACGAAGUAGACCACCCCUUACCAAGAAGCUAUUGAUGUCCUUCUUCAUUCUUGGAUUGACCGGGGUAUUUGGCAACCAGCUUUUGUUUCUUAUUGGUUUAAGUUAUACUAAUCCAACUUAUGCUGCUGCUGUACAGCCAACCAUUCCAGUUUUCACAUUUUUGUUUACUUUGAUGAUGGGCAUAGAAAAACUGAACUUGCUCAGAUAUGAAGGUUGGGCAAAGGCUGGAGGAACUCUUAUCUGUGUUUCAGGAGCCAUAUUUAUGGUUUUCUAUCGUGGUCCAGCUGUGAUAGGGGGUAACGAAAUGGAUCAAGUUGCACAAAUUAAACCAAGUGGCAGAGGCCAGGCAGAGACUUCAGCAUGGUUAUUCAACAGUUAUCUUGAUAUUGGAUUAGAUAACUUUCAGCUUGGGGUUGUGUUCUUGAUAGGGAACUGCAUCUGCAUGGCUGCUUAUCUAGCCCUUCAGGCACGAUUGUUGAAAAAAUAUCCUGCAAAUCUAUCUGUCACAGCAUAUUCAUUCUCCUUUGGAGUUGCACUGUUGGUGAUCGCAUCAUUUUUCAUGGUUAACGACUCAACUGACUGGAUUUUGACACAAUCAGAGAUACUGGCUGUUGCAUAUGCUUCUAAAAUAAAGAGGAGAAAAAUUAGAUCAAGUUCUUCAUGAUUUUAUCAUGAAAUUCUUGAGUCAGACAAUGACAUGUGGAUUCCCCGCCACCCAAAUUCUGCAACAUACUCUUGAGGGAGGGUAUUUAGUUAUCAGAAAAUAAUCCAAUUUUAAUAGUUUAAUUUGAGAAUUUGAAUUAAAGAACUAGUGUGAUCCUUUGUCAUCUAUAUGAACUACACAGAUAGGCAACAGCCACAACACUGCUUCUACCUGGUAGUGUCAAUAAUUUAGAGGUGAGAAUAGGAUAUUUUGCUGUGAUGAUCAUGUUCAAAAAUUUGUUCUACCUGGUGAAGCAUGGUUGUUAAAUGCAGGGCAAAUAUGACUUGUAGUCUAGCAAAGAAAUCUAAGCAAAAAUGACAUAUAAACCACUGAAGUUAAGCAACGAAGGGUUUAUACUUUAAGGGAUGAAAAGAAGUUCCUACAUAGUUUUUAAUUGAUUCACCUUCUAAUGGAUUAUUUGAUGCUUUAUUAACAUGUAGAUUUCACAAAUUU